ACCCAGCAGCAUUAGGGCUGCACGUACACUGCUCCGUGCUGCCCUCCGCCUCUGAUUUGAUGCUUUCUCAAAAGGCUGGGCCCAGCAAUUACCAUACGGGGAUCUAUAAAGGCCAGGGCAGCGAGCCUUCCUCCCUUUACCUUCCCCUUACUGCAGGCGUGCGGGUCAGAGGCAGCCCCCAGGAGCAUCGCGGCAGAGACACGAUGGUGAAGGUCGGAAUUAACGGAUUUGGCCGUAUCGGCCGCCUGGUCACCAGAGCUGCCUUCAUCUCUGGCAAAAUCCAGAUUGUAGCAAUCAAUGACCCGUUCAUUGACCUCAACUACAUGGCUUACAUGUUCAAAUAUGACUCCACUCAUGGUCGUUUUCAUGGCACUGUCAAGGCUGAAAAUGGAAAACUUGUGAUAAAUGGAAACCAAAUUACCAUUUUCCAGGAGCGUGAUCCUGCUAACAUCAAGUGGGGAGAUGCUGGAGCAGAGUAUGUUGUAGAAUCCACUGGAGUCUUCACCACCAUGGAGAAGGCGGGCGCUCACCUGAAGGGUGGAGCUAAGCGUGUCGUCAUCUCUGCUCCCUCGGCCGAUGCACCUAUGUUUGUGAUGGGUGUCAACCAUGAGAAAUAUGACAAGUCUCUGAAAAUUGUCAGCAAUGCUUCCUGCACCACCAACUGCCUGGCUCCUUUGGCCAAGGUCAUCAAUGACAACUAUGGCAUAGUGGAAGGUCUCAUGACUACUGUCCAUGCCAUCACAGCCACACAGAAGACUGUGGAUGGCCCCUCUGGAAAGCUGUGGCGUGAUGGCAGAGGUGCUGCCCAGAACAUCAUCCCAGCAUCUACUGGGGCUGCUAAGGCUGUGGGCAAGGUCAUUCCGGAGCUGAAUGGGAAGCUCACUGGAAUGGCUUUCCGUGUUCCAACUCCCAAUGUCUCUGUCGUGGACCUUACCUGUCGCCUGGAAAAACCAGCCAAGUAUGAUGACAUUAAGAAGGCGGUGAAAAGUGCCUCUGAGGGGCCUAUGAAGGGCAUCCUGGGAUACACAGAGGACCAGGUUGUCUCCUCUGACUUCAACAGCGAGACCCACUCAUCCAUCUUUGAUGCGGCUGCUGGCAUCGCUCUCAAUGAUCACUUUGUCAAACUGGUCUCCUGGUACGACAAUGAGUUUGGAUACAGCAACCGUGUUGUGGACUUGUUAGUUCACAUGGCAUCUAAGGAGUAAACCAGGUGCAUGGAUCAGCCUGUGCCUGGGGAAUGAGGUGUGGGGGAAAAGGAUCACUGGAGGCCCUUGUUCCUCCCACCCUCUCCUCACCACCACUCAGCUCUGCAGCAAGAAGCCAGUUCUGUUCCAUCUGUCUUCCCCAUUCCUCUACUUUGUCUCUGAAGCUUGGGGGAGGUGGAGAGGCUAACAGAAGCUGACCUGUUUCUAUACCACAUUUUCUUAAAUAAAGUAAUAGCUAUCCUAAAAUAUUCCUGUCUGUCUGUCAGGAGAGACCACAAAGGGCUCAUAGCAUGUGUUGCUGUGGCCACUGAUAUAGCCUGGGACUUUUCCACCACCCCAAAUGGUAGCUACUGGCCAGGAAAUACAGCUGUUGUAAACUAAGAAUAUUUCAUACAAGACUAAAAUUAAGGUUUAAUCCAAGCAGUCAAAACUUGGGAAAUGGCAGAAGAAAGGUUGUGCAGAGUGUGGUUAGAUUUUUUUUUUUUUUGAGAGGUGGGGUGGUGUCCCCUCUAUGGGCUGCCCUAGCCCUGUACACACAGCUGGCAUGGUAGACUUCGAGGAAACUGCCCAAUGACCACAAGAUCCGUUAAGCAAUGAAAGCACCCAGCCAGGUUUGUCAAUGAAGCAUAGUACUAGUGUCCCACAGACUACUAGACCACUAAUGCACGUAUGCCUGUAACAAUGGACCAGCUCAGUGAAUGGUGGGACUUUCUGUUCCUCCCUAGGCCAGACAAAGAUACUCCCUCUGAGAUACAUUUUUAUAUCCAGAUGCAAACAAGUUAGUACUCCCCCUCUAAUGUAGUUACUGCCCCUAAUGUGGCUAGUUAUUACCCAUUACCUUGAAUGUGUUGGUUUAAUUAAAACAUUUCUAUUACAUACUA